AUGAGUACCCAGAAGCCAGUUGGAAUUCUAACGUCGACUAACAUCAAUGAUGCUGGAACUCCGUCUCAUGUCGUUGCGUCAAAAAUAAAUGGGGAUCUCUUGCUCUAUCAGAUUGAAGACAUGGACACACCUUCCAACCAAAUCACGCUGGAUACUGGUGUAUUAUCGUCUUGUUGGCAUCCGACCUCCAACACGAAGGCCUACACGGGACAUCUAGAUGGAAAUAUAUUGGAAAUUGACAUUGAAAAGUCGAUUGCCAAUCUAACAAACUCCUCACACAUGUUGGGUGUUCGAAAACUGAUUUUUCUAGAUGAGAAUCAGAUCUUAAGUGGAUCCUGGGAUAAAUCGUUGGCAUUGACAGAUAUACGCUCUCCGCUCAAUCACAAAUACCGUGUUGGAUUACCAGGGAAGGUGCUUGCUAUGGAUUCCAGCUUCAAUGGCUACGAAACUGUUGUUUCAAUGACAGAUAGAAUUAUUCAUGUCUAUGACAAAAGGGAUUUCUCCAAACCAGUUAACGUAAGAGAAAGCGGAUUGAGGUACCAAGUCCGGGAUCUAAAAAUUCUACCCAACAGGAAAGGCUAUGCUACUUGUUCUAUUGAAGGAAAGGCUUCUAUUGAGUAUUUUUCAGAACACGAUCUCCAUCUAAACUACGCAUUCAAAUGUCACAGAACCCCCCAGGAAGAAGCAGAUCUUGUAUCACCGGUUAAUUGCAUUCAAUUCGAUGAAAAAGAAAGGCUAUUCACUGGAGGAUCUGACUGUAGAAUAUGUGAAUGGGAUUAUCAUCAAAAGAAAAGACUAAAGCAGUUUUCGAAGGAACCAUGGUCAGUGCUGACGAUGAGCAUCAGGGAAAAGUAUCUGGUUUAUGGAGUGAGUGAUGAUGGGUACAAAAACAUGGUUUCUGAACGCAGACAGUACUCCGUUGAGGGAUCCUUGGUUGGACUUAAGAUCUUAGAGUAG